CAGCUCCAUCAGCGUGCGCUUAGAGCCCUCUCACCCAUCCAAGAUACUCCCAAAUGCCAGUCCCCGUCCCAGAGCUUGGUUCGUUCAACUUCGUCCCAGAGACCAAGGAGGACUUGGACUGGGCGGACCUCGUCACCCUUGAUUUCAGCCUGCUGAGCACCCCGGAGGGCAAGAAGCAACUGGCGCAAACGCUUGUCAAGGCCGUGCGGGAGUACGGCUUUUUCUACGUCAAGAACUUCAACAUCUCUCAGGAGCGCGUCAACCGCCAAUUCUCCAUUGGCAAGCAGUUCUACGAGCUUCCGCUCGAGGAGAAGUUGAAGUAUGUCCCGGAGGGACUUGAUAACGGAAAAUUCAACGGUUAUGUUCCAGCUGGACGUAGGAUCUUGGAACCUGUAUCGGGUAUCCGGGAUCACACCGAAAUCUACAACAUUCCCAAGUUCAACGGCGACUUCGGGCAUCGGCACCCGGAGAUUAUCCAGAACAACCUCGCUGAGAUCGAGGAGUUUGCCAGGUCGCUCCACACUGAAGUGUUGGACCCCCUGCACGUAAUCCUUGCAGAUGCCCUAGAGCUUCCGGAGGAUUACUUCUUGAACAUCCACAAGUACGACAAGAAGAGCGAGGACCAUCUGCGAUACAUGAAGUACACAAAAUAUACCCCAGAGGAGAACCUCAAGCUUGGUCGUAUCUGGGGCCGUGGACAUACUGAUCUUGGCUCUUUCACGCUUCUCUUCCGCCAGCCAGUGGCGGCGCUCCAGAUCAAGAGCCCCAAGACGGGCGAGUGGAAGUGGGUGAAGCCGCAAGAUGGGACGCUCACAGUCAACACGUGCGACGCCCUGAACUUCCUGACGGGCGGCUACGUGAAGAGCACUAUUCAUCGCGUUGCUGCGCCUCCGAAGGACCAGGAGCAUGUCGAUCGCCUUGGCUUGCUCUACUUCUCGCGGCCUAACAACGAUGUCGUUCUAUCUACGAUCAAGGAGUCCCCGGUGCUCCAGCGCGAAGGUUACACACAGAACGACUUCGAGAAGAGCGGGAACCCCGUGCCGACCAUGGAAGAGUGGACGUUCGCCAAGCAGAAGUGGCAGCGCACGAAGGAUGCCGUCCGAAACGACCCGAAGUUUGAGACUGCGCAGAUCCUCCCAGGUUGGAGCGAGAAGGUCUACGGUUGAGCGCCGAGGUUGUCUCUGUCGUCAAUUAAUAUAACAAUGUAACUGCGUGGCAAGUGUGAUUGAGUAGGCAGACUCAAAAAUAUGUAUGUGUUUCCGAUAUGAUACGGAUGUGCCAUCGCGUGCCUUUCUUACGUAGCAGAUCGGUUUCAGGAUUCGUCUUACUGACUUUACGAUCGCGGAACUCAGAACUUGCCAGGUUGAAGCGCGAAGGUUGUCUCUGUUCAUCGAUUAAAGUAACAACAUGCUCAUCUUACUAUCUUUGCAAUUACGGAACUCUUAGACGGUUCUGAGGUGUUUCCAGACCUCCAAACCUUUCAUCGACUGUAUAGCAAGAUAUUUAAC